AUGGAGGCCUGCACCGACUCUGUCGUUCCACUUUUUCCCCUCAUUUUGCCGGUUCAUCAGUCUGAAGCCACUGAAAAGAAGGCUUCGGCAUCAAGAAAGCGUAUCAGAGCUCUGGAAGCCAACGGCGGUGUACAGAAGAAAGAGAGGGAGAAGAGGAAGGAGAUGAGUGAGAGUUUCGAUGUUCUUCAAUCUCUCGUCCCGAAUCUCUCUCCUAAGGCCACGAGAGAGACUAUUGUUUCCGAAACGAUCCAGUUCAUCGAGUUCCUACAAAAGCAGUUGAUGAGGCUGGAAAUGGAGAAGAAAUCAUCGGAAUCGGUGACGAUGCUUCCGAGUACGAACUCGGAUUCAUCAGGCGGCGGCGGCGGCGGCGUCAUUGUCUCGGUCUCCGGCAACAUCGUGUUGUUUGGGAUUAUUAUUGCUUCUGUUCAACGAGGUAUGGUGACACAGAUUUUAAUGGUGUUUGAAAGACACCAAGCUGAAGUUCUUGCAGCGAAUGUUGCAGUCAGCCAUGGAAAUUUAACGUUAACAGUCACAGCUUCUGUACACGGUUACGUAGAGAAUACUAUAGAGCUGAUUAAAAACGAUAUCCUAAGCUUAAAGAAGUAG